CAGGAUGGGAGGUGUGGUCCGAGGGCGCUCCGCUCCGCCCGCAAAGCUUGAGGCCCAGCGCUGCGGCGGCGGCGGCGGCUCUCCCUCCUUCGGCGAUGGGCUUCCCGCAGGCGCUGCUGGCGCUGGUGGGCGCGGCGGGGCUGGCCGCCCUGAUCCUGCUGGUGCUGGGCAGCAUCUAUUUCGAAGCCACCAACUCUGAGCUGCCGGCCGGGCUGGAGCAGCCGGCCAGGCUCCGCGUCAUCCACGCCUGCCGCAUCGGGGUCGCGGUCCUGGGACGGAUCUUGGAGAACCUGCAUCUCUGCAGCCAGAUCCAGUUCGCCCGGUUUGUGCGCAACGCCUGGACGAGGAGGAGAGACGCCGCCCUCUGCAUCCAGGACGCCGCCUUCGAGGGCAUCCCUGUCCGGUUCUACCUGCCCAAAGCGCCCUCCGCCGCCGGCCCCAGGAAGGGCAUCGUGUACUUCCACGGAGGGGGCUGGCUCUUCGGCAGCCUGGGGAGCCAGGAGCACCUCUGCAGUUACUUGGCCCGAGAAAGCGAUUCGGUGGUUGUGUCCGUGGCGUACCGCUUGGCUCCUGAGCACAGACACCCUGCCCAGCUCAACGACUGCCUUGCUGCCUCCACUCACUUUCUGAAGUUCGCGGAGGACUACGGGGUGGACAGCAGCCAGGUCAUCCUUGCUGGAAAUGAGGCAGGCGGGAAUCUCGCUGCCAGGGUCUGCCAAAUUUUAGCAAGUAGAUUGGGCCCCACCAAAGUGCGCGCUCAGAUCCUCCUUUGUCCUGUUCUCCAAGCGGUAGACUUCAACCUGCCUUCCUACCAGCAGAACCGGGCUGUGCCGCUUCUGUUCCGAGAACGGGCCGCUUUCUACCUGCUGCAGCGCUCGACAGGAGAUGCUUCACACCUGGGAGACAUCUUGGAAGGGUCACACGUCCCGAUGAAGCUAAGAGUGCAGUACAGGAAGUGGCUGAGUGCGGACCACCUCCAGAAGGAGUUUAAGGUCAGGGGCUAUAAGCCCACCUCCUGCCUUUCUCCCAAAGAGGAUGUCUACGGGGCCCUUCAGAGCCUGACUUUACCUGAAUGCUCACCGCUUCUGGAGGAAGAGGCCGUCCUCUCGCUGCUUCCCGAGACCUUCAUUCUGACCUGUGAAUACGACGUCCUGAGAGACGAUGGCCUGCUCUACAAGAAGCGCCUGGAAGACCAGCAGGUCCCGGUGACCUGGUGCCAUCUUGCGAACGGAUUCCAUGGGAUUAUAGACUUUUUUGAGAGAGGCUGGCUCGGUUUCCCAUCCGGGAAAAAGGGAGUGGAUGAUAUUGUCAGCUUCAUUAAAGGCUUGUGAAUUAACAAGAAUAACAAUAUUCGGUCAGGAAGUAGAAAACUUGUACUUGUCACAAAUUCAGUCCGGUUAGGACUAGCCUGAGCACAAAAGCUGAAUCGCUCUGGAAUUUAAACAGUGGCCUAGCAGAUUCUGCCUAUGCUUCCCAACACAGACAAGAGAACCAAAUGAGACUCUCUCGGCCAGAAGGGAGUUUUCCAUGCCGGCUUCAUGGUGGCAUGGCUGGCCACGAAACACAGCCACGUCAUACCAUCCGAUGGUACUGGACUUGGUGUCUGCUGUUUUAACGGGCUAUUCCAAAUGAUUGGCUCAUUGUGGUAUUUCACAUAGACGUCCGGGCAUUCAUUUUGUUUUAUUUGCACACUGAGACUCAAGAUUAUUUGGAGACUGAAUAAUAAAUGUUAGAAACAACGUUUUUGAAAUGGCCAUGUAGAUUUGUGUGCUUGCAAUUCAGGAAUAAAAUACAGCUGACUUGCUCUGUUA